ACGGCCGAGUUGGUGUCUGCCUGCGAGUUCUUCAAGCAUUCCAGCUGCUAAGAUUCCGAGCCAUGGUGAAAAUCCGCCACCCACCUAAAUGGCAUUUUGACAAAUCAGCUCCGAGAAACCUUGAUCUCCAGCCCGAGGUGGAGAACUUGGCGGAAGCGAGCAACGAAAGAAACAACUUCAUAUGCCUCGUCAAGGCCUGCGGAGAUGCAAAGGACCUGCAGGAAGGCCGGCGAGUGCAUGCCUGCAUCCGGGAAUCCGUGUACCGCGGCAGCAGGUUCCUCAGCAAUUUGCUCAUCGAAAUGUAUGGCAAGUGCGGCAGCGUCGUCGAAGCCAGAUGGGUUUUCGACCGGAUCAAGGACAGGAACGACUACACGCACUCGCUCAUGCUCAAAGUUUACGUGGAGAACAACCUCAUGCACGACGCUACGCGGCUGUUCAUGGGGAUGCCGGACAGGAACGCCGUGGCCUAUACCACCAUGCUCACCGGUUAUGCCGUGAAUGGAGCACUGCACAAGGCCAGGAGGCUGUGGGACAGGAUGCAGGGCAGGGACGUUAUCUCGUGGAACACGAUGAUGACAAUCUAUACACAGAACAAGGAGAUGAACAAGGCCAAGAAGCUGUUUGACGCCAUCCCGCAGAGAACUCUGGUCACCUGGAACGCGAUGGUUGCUGCGUAUGCCCAGAACGGGUACCUCGAGCACGCGUUCCGGGUGUUUGUCACCAUGCCGACGAGGAACGUGGUGGCUUGGACGGCCAUGACGGUGGCUUACAGCCAGAGCGGCUUCCACGACGAGGCAGAGUUUCUGUUCAAGAGGAUGCCAAUGCGGGAUGUGAUCUCCUGGAACGCCAUGAUAAGCGGGUAUGCUGAGAACGGGUUUGUGGACAAGGCCAAGGAGCUCUUCUUCUCGAUGCCGGAACAGGAUGUGAUCUCGUGGAACGCGGUGGUGAAUGCGUAUGCGAAGAAUGGCCGGCUGGAGGAAGCGAAGAGCAUGUUUCAUACCAUGCCAGAUCCGGAUCCGGUGUCGUGGAACGUUAUGCUCUCGGCUUAUGCUCAAGGUGGCCGAGUUGAAGAGGCGAAGGUGCUCUUUCAGAUCAUGCCGGAUCCAAACACAACGUCGUGGAACACCAUGCUCUCGGCCUUUGCGGACAACGACUGUUUCGACGAUGCAAAGGAGCUGUUUGAUCGGAUGCCGGACCGGAGUUUGGAGACUUGGAACAGGAUGCUCGAGGCCUACUCUCACAACGGAUACAGGGACGAUGCCAGGGCCUUGUUUGAGGUGAUGCCGAUGCACAACGUUGCAUCCAACACGAUCCUCCUCCAGGCCUUCUCUCACGACGACAGCCAUCUGGAGCUCGUGAGGAGGCUGUUCGACGACAUGCUCGAGAAGGAUCUGGUGGCCUGGAACUCGCUGCUCUCCGCGUAUGCUCGGACUGGCCACCUCGCUCGUGCAAAGGCGGUGUUUGAGAGGAUGAGCUACUGGAACGAGGUGACUUGGACGAUGGUGGUGUGCUCGUGCAAGCAGUAUGGGCAUCUCCCGGAGGUGAUGGACCUGUUCGAGCAAGUUCCAGGGGAGAACUCGACGGCCUGGACAGUCUUGCUCAUGGCGUUCUCGAAGAGCGGGCACUUGCACGACACGAAGAAGCUCUUCGACAGGAUGCACGAGAGGAACGUCUCGGCGUGGGUGGCACUGGCAGUGGCGUCCGCUCACUCGGGACAGAUGAAAGAGUCCAAGGCCAUCUUCGACAGGAUGCCGCAGAGGGACGUGGCCUCGUGGACGGUGAUGCUGCAAGCGUACGUGAGGGAGCGGAGCUUGGAGCUCGCGCAGGCACUCUACGCCACCAUUCCGGAGAGAACGCAGGGAUCCUCCACGGCGAUGGUGGUGGCUUACGCACAAGACGGCCACCUCGAGGAAGCCAGGAGGGUGUUCGACGGCAUAGCUGUCAAGGACGCGGUGGCCUGGAACGCGAUGGUGGCGGCGUACGCAAGCUCGGGGCGGCUGGACGAGGCAAAGUGGCUGCUGGACGAGAUGCCGGACAGGAACUCGAUCUCGUCCAUGAGCUUGCUCGAGGCGUAUGCUCGCUGCGGCCAGGUGGAUCAAGCCAAGAGCCUCUUCGACUCCAUGCCGGAGCGGGACGUGAGAGCUUGGAACGCAAUGGUGGCGGCGUAUGCCCGGCACGGCCAUGGGAGAGAGGCCAUGGAGCUCUUCCGGGGGAUGGAAGUGGAGGGCGUCUUGCCGGACGAGGUCUCGUACGCGAGCGUGCUGAUAGGAUGCGGUAUGGUGAAGGAGGGACGCGAGUGCUUCGUGUCGAUGGUCUCGGAUCACGGCAUAGCUCCGGUGGGAGAGCACUACGGCUGCAUGAUCGAUAUCCUUGGGAAGGCCGGGAAGCUGGAUGAUGCCCAGGAGCUCGUCGAGAGCAUGGCUGUUCUACCGAAGGGUGUGGAGUGGGGGACCUUGGUCUCGGCGGUGAAGCUCUACCUGGAUCUCGACUGUGGUGUUCGUGCCGCCGGGAAGACGAUCGAUUCGAGCUCGUGGCUUGCUGCUGCCGGAUGUGAGGGAGUGGUGAAACUCAUGGAGAGCAAAAGCUUGCAACUUGGACCAUUGAGAUGGAAGAAGCUUCAGCCAGGGUCUCGAUGAACGCCUCGGCGCCUCCAAACCGCUCACUGGAUUGAUGAGUCUUCUUCGAGCAAAUGGAAGAACACUAGAUUCUCGCGAGCAAGCAUCUCAUCGUCCAGAUGGCAUGGCGAGUGGGGAAUUCUCCUGGUUGGCAGUGUAUGCCCAGAGCGAACGCGUACCUUCGCGAGCGCAGCGCUUGAUAUAAUCUGGAAUACUGUGCUCGGGUUUUCCUCGGGUCUGCAAAGGUCAUGGCGAGGAUAUUCGAGAAAUCAAUUAUUUGGUACAAGUAGCCCACGCAUCCCAAGCCAAAUGAUCCGGAUGACUUUUGUUCACGCCAAUGAACAAAAGUGUUGCCAAUCCCAUCGUUUGCACUAACAUCUUUUGAGCAGAAUGCAAGCGCCAAAGACAUUAGUGUGGGUUGGUUGAUAUACAAUAUGUUAUGUGACUUUAUUUUUCUUUUUUCACUUUUCUGCAAAGGAGUUUGUUCA